AGUUGUUUGUUGGGAUAUUUCUGGCGGCCGGUCGGUUUGCGUGAGAGAAAUCGUGCCCCGAUCUCGAGGGGUCUUCGCCGGGGCCGGACUGAUCAUUUGAUUCAAAAUGGCGUGUGCUACUCUGAAACGGACUUACGAGUUGGACCCCUUGCACAGCCGCCCGUCCAAGAGACCCAGGCGGUGUAUGCCCAUGGGCGGACACAACCCUAACGUUUCCCCUCACAGCUCCGGUCUGGCCACACCACCGCGGCAGAAGCCGUCAUCCUUUCCCGAAGUCGAGCCCAAACUGACCUCAGAACAAAUUUCCCAGUUCAUUCGGGAUGAGUACCGCCGCAUGCACCGUAGGCGCCGGCUGUGGGUAGCAACAGACUCAAACGUGCAACAGCCCGCUGGCACCUCCCUGUCCCCAAACCACCACGGCUCCCUCUCACCCAUGCACGAAAGCUCCCACAUGGCCGGCGGCUCCUCCCCAAUGCAUUAUGGGGCGUCACCGAUGCAUUAUGGGACUCUUUCGCCGACCCACGGGAGUUCGUCGCCGAUCCCGGGGACGCAGUCGCCGAUCAACAAGGACAAGCCGCUGUUCUCGAUGCGGCAGGUGAGCAUGAUCUGCGAGCGGAUGAUCAAGGAACGCGACACACAGGUGCGAGAGGAGUACGACAAGGUGCUGUCCUGCAAGCUAGCAGAGCAAUAUGAUGCCUUCAUCAGGUUCAACCAAGACUAUUUGCAGAGGCGAUUUGGCGAGACAGCCGCCAGCUAUGUAUCAUAAGCCCAGCAGCUCCCAAUACAACCAGUCAACCAACUAACCCUGUAGCAGUCACAACCAGCCAGCUAUUUCUUCACUGUACCACCAACAACCACCCUGUACCACCUUACUUACACCAGUACUGGGAACAGCCGGGACUCAACACUGAAACUCUGGACGCUUCAACUGUUCAGGAAUAAAUCCCGAGAACUGGCUAAGGAUUUUCCACUUGUAACAGAGCUGACUUAUAAAACACUAGGCAAUUUGAGUCUCAAAAGUUCUUUUUGUGCCGUUCAGUGGUGCUUUGUUGGAAGUCUUGCAUUUCUACCAGUUACUGG